AGAGGGCGCUUGAGAUGCGGCGCGGAGCGGACGUGCGCUGGCUGCCGCUGCUGUGGCUGCUUCCGCGGCUCAGCAUCGCCUCGCUGCCCGAAGUCAUCCCAAUAGGAGGUCUCUUCGAGAGUCUGGAGACUUUCGACGAUGACCGGGAGAUGGCGUUUCGUUUCGCCGUCGACCGCAUCAAUUCGGACGAAAGCCUGCUUCCCAACGCCAGGCUCGCGGCCAAGAUCGAACGCCUGAAGCCGCAAAGCAGUUUCCACGCCGCUAAAGCAGUGUGCGCCUUAGUGAGCGAGGGUGCGCUGGCUCUUUUUGGUCCCCCUUCAUCAGCAUCGAGCGCGUUAGUUCGUUCCACAUCGUCCACCCUUCACUUGCCCCACUUGGAGUGGCAUCCGCCCACACGGGAAGGACCCCGCUCUCCCUUCACAGUCUCCUUGUUCCCUCGAAGUCUGGGACUUGCCCUCUACCAGCUGGUCAGGUCUAAGAACUGGAGGGCAUUCACCAUCAUCUAUGAAGACCCUGAAGAACUUAUAAAACUUCAGGAUCUGAUGAAACUUCGAAAUCUCAGCAAUGUAAAAAUUUCACUCCAGCAGUACACAUUCGACUUUCAGUACAACAAAAUCCUCAAAGACAUUCGAAAGAAAGGUGAGACGAACAUAGUCCUGGAAGUACCAACUUCACGAAUUAAAGAUGUACUCACUGAGGCACAGAAGGCUGGCAUGCUCACAGAAUAUCAUAAUUAUCUCAUCACAUCCCUGGACUUCCACACCUUAGACCUUUCAUCUUUCCAGCACAGUCGGUCAAACAUCUCUGCGUUUCGAAUUGUUUCACCCGAAGGACAAUACUACGGGCGGGAUUCUCACACGCGGCUUUUCGGACGCAAAGAACAUUCACUUAGAAAAGUGACUCCACUUACGACGGAGACGGCAUUGCUGGUUGAUGCUGUCAAUUUGUAUUCCAGAGCACUACAUGAUGUGGCUCAAAAACAAACCAUCAGUUCACGGAGUGUAUCAUGUGACAGUCCUGGAGUAUGGCCCUAUGGUACAAGUGUUUUGGAAGCCAUGAAAAAGAUGCAAAUGAGAGGUCUGACGGGUGAUGUCCAGCUCGACAAACAAGGACGUAGAACGAAUUAUACAUUAGAUUUGUUAGAAUUGAAAACGAAGGGAAUCGUCAAGGUGGGCGAGUGGGAUCAAGAAAACAAUCUAGUAUUUUCACGUAAUUAUUCACGUGACCUUUCGGAAGCAAAAGACAACCUCCAGAACAUAACUUUAAGAGUUACGUCCAUAGAAAGCAAACCCUAUACAAUGCGAAAGAAAGGCGAAUACCUCCGUGGAAAUCAGCGAUACGAAGGAUUCUGCGUUGACCUCAUCCAUGCCAUCUGCGAACGGCUCAAGUGUAAAUUUGAAUAUCGGUUGGUUGGAGACAAGAACUACGGAAAGAAACAUGAGAAUGGUACGUGGGAUGGUAUGAUAGGAGAAGUCAUCAAUCGGGAAGUGGAUCUUGCGAUUGCUGACUUAACCAUCACAUUAGAACGAGAAGAAGUGGUCGACUUCACAAUGCCUUUUAUGAAUCUUGGAAUCAGCAUUCUUUUCAAAAAACCUAUCAAAAGUAGUCCGAAGCUGUUUUCUUUCUUGGCACCGUUUUCUUUUGAAGUGUGGGUGUAUAUGGCAACUGCUUAUUUAGGAGUCAGCCUUCUUCUUUUUGUGUUAGCUCGCUUUUCUCCUUAUGAAUGGAUAAGCCCACAUCCCUGUAACCCAAAGACUGAAUACCUGGAAAAUAAUUUUUCGCUUUUAAACAGCUUUUGGUUUACAAUUGGAUCCCUCAUGCAACAAGGUUCUGAUAUAGCUCCAAGGGCUACUUCUACACGCACAGUCGCCGCUCUUUGGUGGUUCUUUACCCUCAUCAUGAUAUCUUCCUACACAGCAAACUUGGCUGCAUUCCUAACAGCAGAACGCAUGAAAAGUCCCAUUGAAAGUGCAGAUGAUUUGGCAAGACAGUCUGAUAUUCAAUAUGGCUGCGUUGAAUCUGGUAGUACACGAGCUUUUUUCGAGUCCUCCAAAUUGCAACCUUAUAAGAGGAUGUGGACUUUCAUGCAAACAACACAGCCUAGUGUGUUUACUAAGAACAAUGAUCAAGGUAUUGAGAGGGUAAAGAAAGGAAAUUUUGCUUUCCUAAUGGAGUCAACAACGAUUGAAUUUCAUACAGAAAGAGACUGUGAUUUGACUCAAAUUGGAGGGUUACUAGACUCAAAAGGAUAUGGUAUUGCAACACCACCAGGCUCACCAUACCGUGCGUUAAUCUCCAGUGAAAUAUUGAGGCUACAAGAGGACGGUAUUCUGCAUAUGCUGAAAGAGAAGUGGUGGAAAGGAGCAGGGCGUUGCAAAGACGAAGACAAAAAGCCAACUUCGGCAAGUGAAUUGGGUUUACCAAACGUCGGAGGAGUGUUUGUUGUACUCCUUGCUGGUUUAGGGAUGGCUGCUAUCGUAGCUGUUUUCGAGUUUAUUUGGAGGACGAAAAAAAUACCUCGAGAUGAAAGACAAAUGAUCUGGCUGGAAAUGAUCCAAGAAUUGAGAGACAUCUGCAAGUGUCGUGGUUCCAGUCGUCCGGCGCCCAACUACUUAAACGGAGACUUGACACGAGGCAGCACAGAAAAUGGCUUUGUUCUGCAUUCGACGACCAGUUUCAACACACUCUCAAGUCAAGACUUUCUCUCAUGAUUAUUCGAGCCGUCGGCUUCGUUUUAUACUUAGAAAAUUAGACUCUACUGACUCCACGUUAUUUUGAGAACGGAAUGGGGCGAAAACAUCUUUUACUGCAUUUUUAUACAUUCGAUUCAUAGCUUUCAGUUAUUUUCUUAUGAAUUUUUACCCAUAACAAAGCUUGAAAUUGAUUUAUUAUUUUUUACUCUUCUUUCUGUCCUUGGUUCAUGAUUAAAUUUUUAAUCAGAGGAAAGUAUUUUAAGUUUAUGGAUAUAUCUAUAUAAACAGCAACAGGUUUUUAUCAUUUAAGCGCUGAACAGAUUCAGUUCAUUGUGUAGUGCUUAAAAUGAUUGCAUAACGUAUACAAAAUUUGUGUUUAGAAAUAAAUUCUUGUGAAAGA